AUGGAUAGUAGUUUUUUAUUAUUGUUAUCUAGUUUAAUAUUAGCUCUCGUCUGGGUUAUUUACAUCACUUAUUAUAAUUCACGUGUGGCUGGCUAUAUUAUCACAAAACUUGUUAAUCGAUUAUGUAUUAAGACUGGUUAUUUUAAAAUAGGUUCAUUUACUGUAAAUGCUCUUUCGGGUAAAAUUAUGUUUCGCGACGUAAUUUAUGGUACUGAAGACUAUACUAUUCGUGUCCAAGAUGGUUAUUUAAUUUUUCGGUGGUGGCGUUCUUAUGUACCUAAAGAUGUCAGCGAAGAUCUAUCACAUUCAGACACCAGAUUAUCCGUAGUUUUAAAUGGAUUCGAAUUACAUGUAUAUAAUCGUUCAGAUUUGUAUGCAAGCUUAGAAAGAACGUUUGGCCUUGAAACUAAUUUCUCAAAUAAAAGUAAACAUCCAGAUAAAGACCAACUAAAUCAUGAAAAUGAAGUAUUAAAUUUUGAGAAUCAACGUGAUCAAUUAAAACCAAAGAAAGCACGACCGGAAGCAGCAUUAGCAAAAACAUGGCGUGAUUUAAUACCCGUUAUUAAAUUAGAUAUGUGCAGUGGACGUUUAGUAUUUGGUAAUCGUUUAGUACCUACAACAUUAUCCAUAAACGUUGAGGAAGCACACUUUGUAUAUUCCACAAAACCCGCAGCAUCUAGUUUAGAUCAUUUUAUGCAUUUUGCAAAAUGUAAAGCAGAAAAUUUUAAAGUAAUAUUAGCACCUAGCUUAAAAUAUACGGGCAUGAUUGAUGAACCACCACGAUAUAUGGGUGAGGGAUUUGUUGUAAUGUCGUCGAAUAAUAUAGAUGUGUACAUGUAUAUGGACGAGCCUGGUAUUGUACCUGAAGAACCAGUCUUGCUGCGAUUAGCUAAUGGUGAUAUUGUUGAAGCUGCACCACCAAUGUGGGGUAUGGAUAUUAAGUGUGGCAAAGGAACGGAUUUCAGUUAUGGUCCAUGGGCUGAUCGACAACGUGAUAAUUUAUUUCGUUUCUUUUUCCCAUCUGAUUAUCAGCCGUUAAAAGUAACAAAAUCACCAAAACCUGGUGAUAAACGAGCAAUGCAAUCGUUUGAUAUCCGUCUUAUGACAUUAAGUGAAGCAACUGUUGAUAUAUUAUUUUCAAAAGAGAAAGAAACAAAUGCCGUUCAUGUUAAUAUCGGUCCUGGAUCAUAUUUAGAAGUAACUUUACCAUGGAUUGUUUUACAAGAUGGUUAUACUACAAAAAUUACAGGUCAAUUAUUACAUUUAGAAGCUACUACAAGUUUACAAUAUCGAAGUCUGAUUGAAAGUGAAACAUUAGAAUAUACAGUUAAGUGCCAUUAUCCAAUUAGAUGGAACGAUCACCAAGAAUGGAUUCUAAAUUUAACUGGAUGCAAAGCAACAGCAAAUUUAAUAUAUUCACAUAAAGAUUUUUUUCAAGAUUUAAUUAAUGAUUGGGCAUCAAAAGCUCGUCCAGAUUUAUUAAAUUUUGUUCCAUAUACGUGGAAAAUUAGUAUAUUAUUAAAAGAAUUUGAGUUAAUUACAAUCAGUAACGAAUAUAAUUGGAUUGAUUGUACAUCACAGAAUCAGGAAAAUUGUCAUUUAGCAUUUUGUGGAGAUGUGUUCGAUAUGUCAUUUGAUUUGCCAUUUGUUGAUUUUUUACCUCAAACUAUUCCAUUACGUUUUUGGAUUCAAGGCGAAAGUGUUGAUUUAACAAUGUAUACACCAGAAGUAUUUACCAGUCGUAAUAUUAUAUUAGCUUUGGAUAAGAAUGCUAAAGUUUUAGCUAGAGAUGGUACUUUAACUAAACGUCCAGAAGUACGAAAAUGGCGUAACGUUUGUCAGAAAAGUCAAGGUUGGGUUGAUUGUUGGUCGGUGCCGAUAGUUGCUUUAUGUAUAAAUUAUAUAUACCACCCAAUUCCACCCAUGGGUCCAGUUCCUCAAGCGGAUAUACCAACGCCUGAUAAAGAAGAAUUGUUGUUAUCACCUAUGCGCUUUCCACAUAAAAUGCCACGUAAAUUAUCUCAUAACAUGCAUUGGACACCUCAAGAUUCUUCACAAAAAUUCGAUCCAGAAGUUUUGCCACCUGAUAAAGUAUCUUUAGAAUUAGAAAUAGGACCAUCUGUUUUAUAUUUGUAUGGGACCAUGUUAAGAGGCUUAUUAAAUUUAAAGGAAAAUAUUUUUGGAGAUGAUCAAGCAUUUACAGAUAUGCAACAAAGUAAAUUUGCUGAACACACAAAUAAUAAUUCAAUUGAUAAUCGUAACGAAUCAUCAGUAAAUGAAGAAAGUGAUUCACUUCGAAGUCUAUUUGAUCCAAGAAAUUAUCGACCAUUGGAUGUACAAGUACAAAUUACAAUGCAUGAUAUACAAGCACAUCUUAUGAAAAAUUGCACAGAGAGCGAUCCACCAUGUCCAGUUAUAUUAUUAGAACGAUUUGGUGUAGAAAUAAAAAAAACGUAUAAACAAACCGAAUUACAAGUAUUAUUAUCACCGUCAAUGUUAUUAGUAUCCGAUAAUGCUGUUAGACCUUCGAAAGAGCAACAUUUAAGACAAGGACAUUUAACUUUAUCCGCUUUACAGAUUCGAGGACAUGCUAUGUUUAGUGAUGAAGGCCGAUCUUUAGAUGAGGAAACAUUGGAGUAUGCAUGGAUGAUCGAAAUUCAAUUAGGAAAAUUAAGUGGUAGAAUUACAAUGCCUCAGCUUUAUCAUAUUGCAACAUCGUUAGAAACAUUAGUACUUUUAGCUUUAAACUCAGAAAAUACCCUAAAACCACCUAGACCACCUAAGCUAUGUUUACAUGGAUUACCACCAUUACAAUGCCCUAACUCAGAUUCCGAAUCACGAUAUCAAUGUCCGUCAGCUGAUGAGAUUAAAUAUAAAAUGACAAGAGUUGCAAUUGAUGCAAUCGAUUUAACAAUUGUUGAAAAUGGGACAGCACUUCAAGCAUGGGUAUCACCUGUUCGAUUAUCUACAUGUAAUCUUCAUGGACAACAUGUUAAAUCAGGCAUUACUUGUGUAUUACCAAUGAUUUUAUUUAAACAAUUUGUAUCCGCUGGUAGUCAUUUUUCAAAUCUCCACAGUAAUACAAAUACAUCGACUAGUUCGAAAUCAAAUCAAACUUUACGUGAUCGUGCUGCAAGUGAAAUUACAGAUAAUUGGUUAGAGAUUGGUUCGAUAAAUGUUGGUCCAGUUAUUGUUGAAUCUGCUUUAUCGUUAUCUACCUCAGAAUCGAAUCUACAUAUGGUACAAAACAAAUAUUUAAAAUCACAUGAUGAAAAAACCAAACGUCUUUGGUUUUUGUGGGCCGGUGAUCCAACAGUCAACAAGUUAGUUGGAAAAUGUGGAUGUAUUGGAGGCUGUGCAUUCUUUGGAAAUAAUCGUAAUGGUCCAAAAUUUUUCAAGCCUAGUAAAUCUGAUAUUCAAGAUGGUAUUAAUAUUGCAGCAUUUAGAAUACAGGAACCGGGUAAAGAUCCAGGUUUUGGUCAAAGUAUUAUACAUGAGGGUCAAUUAGUUUUCCAUACUCCACCGUACAGUUUACAAGAUGUUUCUUUACACGAAGUUGGAGUUUUAACAAAAGGUGCUUUCGAAAAAUUAUUGGAGAGUCCUCGUAUUAAAAGUGCUUUUGAUCGAAAAGAUAAAGAUGGUUUAAAUCGCAGUAAUACUAGAGAAGUGAUUGAUACGAUUACCAAAUCAUCUGCUACGUCUACAAGUCCAUUGUGUUUUGCGGCAGAAAAUCGCAACUCAGCUAGACGAUUUUCUUAUACGUCGUCAAGAUCAAAUCAGCCAUUAGUUUUAAAAGAUGUUCCAUAUGCAAGAUUGAUGGAUUGUAGUCCAACCACAGCGCUUCCAUUAAAAUUAGAUAGUGAUUCAAAAUUACAUUUUGAUAAAUCAAAAUCAAUAUUAAAUGUUCCUGAAAGUGAUGUAGCUCCAAAAAAUAGCGCAUCCGAUUCAAAAUUAGCCGUAGAUUAUUUUAAUUCACCAGACACAGAAAUUAUUGAAAUAAUUCAACCAAGUUCAAUGCCAACAACAAGUAGCGAAUUCUCACCACAACCAAAUAUUAAAUCUGUAAAUAUCUCUGAAUCGCAUCAUUCAUUGCAUGCACGAAUUGGCUCUGAAGAAAAAUUAAAAUAUGAAGUACAAAGAACGAUAUCAAUGUCGAGUGAAAAUCAUUCUGAAGCAUUUUUCUCAGCUGACGAAGAAGUGACUGGUUCAUCAAGUAGAGCUUCAAGUUUAAAACGGUCAGCGAUUGGUACAGGUACUGUGUUACGUCGCAAGGACAGUACUCAUCAGAGGAAAAAAUUUGCUAGUGAUCUUAGUAUCGGCCUUGAUAAGAAAACAUAUCCAGCUGUUGAGAAAACAUUCUCCAAUAUUGAUAAUAUAAAAAUCCCUGAUGUCGUUAAUCAUCACCGCUUAUCAAGUCAUCGAAGCGAUCAUGAAAUUCAUACACCUGAACAUCGUAGUGGUGGGGGGCUAUUAAAUGGUUGUUCGAAUCAUAGUGUUCACAUGCAAAGACGUUUUAAUAACAUUUCUAGCAGUUUUCGAUCGGGAAGUCCACACUUAUAUGGUGGUACUACUAGUCAUCAACUAAAUAAUAAUGGUGGCGAUAGUCUACAUGAUGUAUUUGAAACGCAUGGACAAGAUAAUAUAUUAAUUGAUUCGUCUGAUACACAUAGUAUGUCUAGUACAUCGUUUAUAUCAGCAGUGUCAUCACAAGAAGAUAUGACUCUAGUUAAUUUACAUAUGCAAGUUAAUAAACCAAUUAUCGAUUCACCCUUGUUAAUGUCAAGCUAUGUUAGUCAUUUAUCACAAGUUCGGUGUAGUAAUUGGAAUCAAGCAUCAUUACCAUUUGGAGCCGAUGCAUUUACAACACCACUUUUUCAAAGAACAGAAGAUGGUCGACUUGUUUAUAUAGGUGGGCGUUAUAUACCAAGAUUCGAAACAAUAUCGGAAGGUUUUACAUCCUUAAAAAUGGUUAAUCGUACAGAAAUGAUGUACCCAACAUCGCCACCUACCGGCAAUAAGACACCAACACAUCCUUAUACUUGGACGAAUCAAUCAUGUUUGGAUAAAGAAUUUGAUACUGAAUAUGAAAUGGGUUCUCCAGAUGAGGAUGAAUUGCUAGCGACUACAAAUCAAAGUGGAUCUAGAAGAACAGUUGUUGUAAAAUUGAAAGGUGAUGUCGAUAUAAUGGUUACUCCAGUUGUUUUAGAAUCACUACAAAGAUUUGUAGAUGCCUUAACUCCGACAUUAUCAAAAUUGCAUCCAUUAACAGUAAUUAAUCAUUUACAUUCAGAAUGUAUUAAUCAAGUUGAGGCCGCAAAUAUUUUAAAGCAAGACCAAUCGUUAUCGUACUGGUCACAAAUACAAAGUAGUAAAACUAGCACAGCUGAACGAAAUAUCACUGGCUUAAAUUCACAAGGCAAUAUACAAUCAUUACAGACGAGUAUCUAUGAAGAAUCAAUAUCUACGGAAAUUCAAGGAACCAUAGUAUUACCAAAAGUUAACAUAACAAUGCUUCAAGCUUCGGUCGUCGAAGAAAUUAUCUCAUUUUCUGCUUUAGAUAAUAUUAAAGAUUUAACUUGUGUUUCAUUAUUCGCAGUUUGUUUUGAUAGUAUAACAAUACGAUUUCAUGAUGCGAAACAAGUUCGAGAAAUCGUUCAAACAUUUCACCAUCCUUCUGUACUACCUGCCACAAAUAAAAAAACGAUUAUAUCAAAUUUAGUUAGUAUGGGAAGCGGAACGAAAAAUACCUUGCUCACAAAAGAACCAGCCGGUUAUCGGGCUAGUGCUGGUAGUCGUACAAGUAAUUCGGGUAUGAAUCGACAAUCAGGUAUCGAUAAUCAUAAUUUUAUGUCACGUGCAAAUAAAGUGAGUGUGGAUAAAAGUGAUAAUGGCAAUAAGUUGGAAAAUAGUUUUAAAGGUGAUGGUGGGGGAAGUGUAACGAGUGGAGCUGGUCUUAGUUUAGAUGCGGGUGAAAUAUCAGAAAUUGCAGGAAUAUCGGAGAAAUAUUGUAGUAUGGGUAAUGUUGUGGUUGGCGGUGGAAAUACUGGUAUUGGACCAAAUCGACCAAGUGUUAUUAGUAGUAAAAGUACAGCUAGCUCUGCGCAUAGUAAAGGGAAAGCACUACUAGCGGCAGUUGUUACACGUACUGGGCUACGAGGAGUUAAGCGAGAUACACUUGGAAGUGAACCAGUUUUUAUUGAAACGCAAGAACGGCAACACGAGGAAACUGUCGUCACAUUAAAUAUUGGUAAAAUUCACAGCCAAUUAAGAAGAUUGCGAAACGAAAGCACUAUUUUAAAAGACGCAUGCAUAACGGCCAUUCCAGAACAUUUUUCAAAAGUACUCUUUACUUGCGCCAGAAUUGCCACUCCUUUGCGUAGUAUGGAUUAUUAUAUUUAUACUCACGAUGGUGCAAAGUCAAAUCAAACAAAUGGAAAUACAUCCGAUCAACAAUUUUGCUCGAAUAUCGCCGAAGAGAAAUUAGGAUUUAUUAUGUUUGAAUGUGGAUUAGAAGGAGUUUCAUUAAAAGUUGUCAAACGAAUACAAUUCGAAAAGAAAGACAAUCAAGAUGAUGAUAAACCUCGUGCCUCAUCAGCCCCACGCACUGAUACUGAAGGUAAUUUAUCGAAAAUUCGUGAAGAAUCAAGUAAUACUGAAUCAGUGAAUCGAAAUAAUAAAGCUUCUGAUAAAUUCACACAAAAUAUAUCUAGUGUGGAUUCGUCUAGUACUACUACGAUUAAAAAUUCUGGUGAUGGAAGUCAGCAGACUGGUGAAAGCGAUUCAAUUGGAUUUCAUAAUAGUUCUAGUACUAUAAAAGAUAUGCCCAAUAAUAAUUCAUCAAAUCGACAAGGAGUUGUUUCGGUUAAAGACAAAGGAAAUAUUUCAUCAUGUUUUAUUGAGUUAAAAACUGUUUGGUUUAAUUUUGCAGCGCCGCCACGCGCUCCUAUUACUAGAAAACUUGAUUUUACUAGACUAGAUUGGAAUCUAUUAAGUACAGCUUCACCGGCUAUAAAUGCUUGGUUGAGUCCAAGUAAUCGUUUUGCCAUACGAGUUGUGCAUAUGUAUAGAUCUUUUUAUAGACGUACUACAGGUAUUGUGGCGUGUCUUAUGGCCGAGGCUUUAGAUGUUCAAGGAAUUCAUAUGCCUAUCAAGAGUCGAUAUAAUCGAUUAACUCCUUUAGCGAAAACUUUGAAAGAAGAUCCAUCCUGUCAAUUGUGUAGUAUUCUACAAAAGUAUGUUUUACAAUCGGACAUGAAUGUUAUUGAGUUAAAUCUGAGAGAAACUGAUUUGCCAAUGCUUUCUACAUUACGACAGGGAGUUAUUGUUUUAAGUCGUCAAUGGAAAAACGUUUUAUACACGCCGUUACUAUUGGAACAUAAUUAUAAAACAAAAUUCACAAAACCUCUAAAUGUUACGUUUGCUGUGCCUGAAGUUGAUGAGCCAGGGUAUACAGAUGGGGAAAACAGUGCCGAGGAUAACGAACCAAACGAUGAGUGUGCUGUUCUACUCAACACCCAACAUAGUACAAUACAACAUCCUAGUUCUUCACGUUUAUCAUCACUUAAACCAGACGAUAAUCAAUCCCCUGGACCACCGGUUAAUUCACCACGAACUAUUAAUAAUCCGGUUGCAGUUGUUAUUGGUGGUGUGGAAAAUGUUCUUACGUCUCCUAGCCCACCUUCAGUCCCUUUUAGAAAACAUAAAUCAUUACAACCUACUCAAGUCCCCUCCAGCAGUCGGGCUAGCAUUGUUUUUCCCCUGCUAAGUGGUGGAAAUCCAUUUUUACAAAGACGUAGUCAUGAUGAAGAGAAUACUAUAGGCUACGGAACAUUAAAAGAAGAAAAACUACCACAUAUUAAUCUAAACCAUGUAAAUUCAAAUCCUAGUAUUUAUUCGGUAUCACAACACUCCACAACGAGUGGGGAGCAUUUCAGUCCUAAAUCAAGUACAACAAAUACUAAUUUACCUGGUGGAUCGACCAAUAAAAUUAGCGCAAAACAUGGUAGUAGUGAAGAUUUGUACAGUUGGAUGGCAAAACAACAAGAUUAUAUUCGUGAUAAACUGAGACGAGAUCCUAAAAAGGAUAAGGUUGAAGAAGUAGUCAAUGUUCAACAAGCUACGGCUUCCGUUCCAACAAAUGCUGGUCAUUACAGCCUAUUAUAUCCAAUGCAAGACUCAUUAAAGCUUCUAGAUGCUCAUAUAAUUUUUCAACCUUUACUCUCAUGUUUAGGUGUAAUGCCGGAACAAAUGAUCAGUAAUGUUUCGGGCAACAACACCGUAUCGUCUUUAGAUUCAUUAGGCUCAAAUUUAUCUUUAGUUGGUGGUAUAGAUACAAUGCGCAUUGAUAUUGUCGUUAGCCAAGAGCAUGGAAAUGGACGACGUCAAACCAAAGGACAAGGAAAAAAUAAAAGUGGAAAAUUCGUAUUAGAUAUACCAUCAGAAACACCAGCUUUCUUAUGUGAACGUAUUGGUUUGGAAUUAGAUUUAAAUAAAAUGGCUGAUAUGACUGUUGAUGAUAUGAUCCAAAAACAAAAUAUUUUGUAUAUAUCACGUGGUCAAUUAAAAAAACAUACCAGUACUGUAUUAAAUGUUAAUUUAAAUAUACGAUACAUAUCACAACAAGUGAAUAUGCCUUUAUUAAGAUUACUACAUCAAUUUACAAAUAUGUAUCAGAAUGUUAAAGACACUCAAUUAGAAUUAAAAGAGCAACAUCCUGAAAGCAAGCGUAAUCAUAAUAUGCACGAUAGUGUCAAUAAAAAUGAAUCUAGUUCAAUUUCAGAUGUGCAAACACUAGUCGAGAACAAGUUAAAUUUAAAAGUAUCGGAUCCCAUAUCAAUAAUAUCACAUUCUCGACCAACAAUAUCACCAUCACCAAGUAUACGCUCUAGGCCACAAAGUUUUGCACAAAAGCUACGGCAAACUGGUAAAAGUGUUAAAGGUUAUAUGAAUUUAAGCGAUGGCGGUACUUCACCGAUUUUACCAAAUAGUCCAUCGGGAUCUGCAUUAGAUCAUUUAACAAUAUCAUCUGAUAAAAGUAUUAAAGAUACGGCUGUUUUUAGUUUAACGCCUAAAUGUUGGAAGACCGUUUAUUAUUUACUAGAUUUAUAUGCAACAAUGCCUGAAACUAAAACUAUAACUCAUAGAUUUUCUGUCGCUCACGAUUCAAUUGAUGGCGUUAAAGGACAUAAACAGUACAUACGUAAACCUGAUCCACCUGCCGAUAAUAGUUUUAUAGAGGAUUCUGAAAAGGGAGAGCAACGAACUACAACACCCCUUUCACAUUCAACGCAACUGAACGUUUUGACUGGCGAACGAACUCGAUUUAUUGUAUUUGGUGUUGCACGCAUUCAUAGAACACGUCUUUUAGCUACGUUAAGUGGUUUAAAAUUAGAAGCAGAAAUUACCAGUUUACAUUCAAGUUUAACGUGUAGAAAGAAAACUAAACCUGCAAGUAUUGAAUGUUCCUUAACAGGUCAGGUUGGAAGAACAAUGAUUGUUCUUUUAGAAGGAGUUGCACCUAAUCAACAAACUGUUGUUAAAAUAACUGUAGGAAAAUCACAAGCAUUGUAUUCCACAAUUACACGUCGUGGAAAGUACAAAAAUUCUGGAUUAUUGACAGUUGGUGCUAUAAAUAUUGACAUACCUCAACAUCCUGUCGCAUUACAUGACAUGAUGACUCGUGGUAGUAAACAGUUAAGUUCUACACUUCAAGAAUUACGUGUAACUCGAACUUCAAGUCGAAUGUCACGUGGGAUGCCAUUGGACGAAGAAUCACCACAUCAUUUUCGCUGUAGUACAGCAACUACUACACAUACUAUAAAUCCAUCUUCAAUGGCUUCAAGUGGGAAUGUUUUUGAAAAACCAGUACGUGUCCCCCAGCAUGAAGAUUCUGUACUUUUACAACCAUUAGUUAUGCAAUUCUCAAUAAUAUUACAAAGUUUAAGUAUAACGGCUGCUUUAUUACCAUCGUUACAAGCUCAAUAUAAAAUGGAUCAAGUUAAUAGCACAGGCGUUACGGGGAGCAAGGCCAAAUUCACAAUUGAUUUACCACAGCAUUCACUAAGUUUUACAACAAAAUUACAAGUGACUGAAGCAAAUUUACCAUCUGAAGCUAGUAUUGAAUUACCUAAAGUUCAUGUAUCGGCUGAAUAUAUUCAACAAGAUAGUGCUAAUCAUUUAGAACAUAGUCGUUUUACAGAAGGUAUAGUGCUAAGACAAGGUAGUUACAUGUCCGCUACAGCUGAUAUUGGAGUUUUUGAACAUAGUUUGACGACUGAUUUACUUAAUCAUCUAGUUUUUGUUCAGAAAGUAUUUAUGAAGGAAGUUAAUGAAGUUGUCCAAAAAGUGUAUGGUGCUGAAAAACCAGUUCCUAUUUGGUUAGAUGAUGCUUCCAGUGUAUCUACCUCAACAACAAGGAUAUUAUUUUCAUUAAUGAUUCGAAUUAAGAGAAUUCAAUUAACAGCAACCACACCAACUAAUUCAGCUGUUCGUCUAGAAACUGGUGCUGUAGAAUUAGAACUAUCAAAUCGUGUACAAAACGUAUCAGGUUCUGGUAUGAAUUCAACAGCUUCGGGUGAUAUCGAUAGUCAUGUGAAUUCAAUGAAAUUAUUUGGACGUGCGAAAGUUGAUAUUAACUUAAGCUUAGGUCAAUUAAUAAAAAAUCCAUUAUUUGAAGAGGCUGAACCAGAAUUCCAACAAUUUGCCUUUUUUAAUACACGUAUCGAAUUACGUAAUGCGUUUCAAGAUGAAAUGGUUGAAGGCAAUGAUAAAGAAUUAAUUUUAAUCACGUUAAAACGUCCAUUGAUUUAUAUACAACCGUUAGCAGUGGAUAAAGCGAUUUUAGUUUGGUUAAAUUAUAAAAAUGCAUAUGAAUACUGGAAUGAAAAACGUGCUAAUUUAAAUAAAGAAGUAUUGACUGCCACGCAACAAGUUUUUGAAAAAGUACCGUUUGGCCAAUUAACAAGUCAAUUAUCAGCACCGCAUUUGGGUACUCUGUUCUUGCAAUUAACAGUUGAAGAUAUGGGUAUUUGUUUGCCAUUGAAUCCUUUACCACUGAAUUCUUGGGGACAGCGAAGUAUGUUUGAUUCUGAAUCAAGAGCAGCUGUUGUUAUUACUUUAGAACGUACAAGUAUAUCAGCUUGCAGUUCUGGUUCUUUAGUAAGCAAAGCAGGAUUCGUGGGUUUAUGUUUACGAUUUGCUGAUGACUUCGAAACAUCUUUGGAUGAAUGGAAACCAGAUAUGAACGAUUCGACAUUCAUGAAUUAUUGUGUUGUAUCUGAAGGUACUUAUGAAAUAUGUAGUCGUACAAUUGCCGCAAAACCAGGUACCACAGAAAAUGCAAAAUGGAUUUUAAAUGUAUCAUGGAAAAUGGAAGGUGUUGACAUCCAUUUGGAUGUAAAUGUGGGAAAACAAUUAUCAGCAUUAGGUCAUACGUUAACAAUGUUAACAGGCGCUGAAGAAGAUGAAACAAUUAAUAUGGAUGAUGAUAGUGACGAAGGUGAUCAAGGAGAUGGUAGUAAAGCUUCUCAAGAGAGUAUUUUACCACGAAGUUCAAGAAGAUGGACAGAUAAUUUACCUGCUUUUAUAUUUGAUCAGUCAUUAGAUGCAAAGAAACGAUCGAAAUUAAUUGAAAAAGAAAUGAAUGAACAAGCAAAAAUUAUUAAUGAUUUAAGAUCUUUAGGUGCAUCGCAUGGAACGAUACAACAAGAAAUGAAAAAAUUGCAUGAAUUAGAAACUAUGGUUUUUAAGGAUUUCAGAAGGGAUAUGAUCCAAAAGUUAAGGCGAAAACAAAGUUCGAAAGCAACUUCAAUAAAGGAAAAAUUUGGUUUGGGGUCAUCGAAAGCCAGCACAUAUCGAUCAAGAUCAUUUAUUGUACCAAGUCCAACGCCUGAACAUCAAUUGGAAAGUCCUGAAGAUCAGCCCAUUAGUGGCAACUCAGCUAGUUUUGAGAGUUCACCUCGAUCAGGUCCUUCAAGGUCUGCAUCAUUGCGAGUUAAAACUGGUGGACAACCGAAAGUUACAUUCAGUGAUACUCACACAAUUUGCCGGCAAUCAUCCUUGCCUAGUGCAGGAUCAGAACUCAGUCUUCCAGAAGAUGAAUUGCAAUGGGUUGAUCAUAUUAAUAUUGACGGCGAAAGAGUUGAAAUAAGAAAGAAAAUACCAAUUUAUGGUAGUUUAUUAGCAGAUGAUAUAAUAGAUUCUAGUGUGCCAUUAUUGGAUUCAUUUUCUAAAGAACAACAAGCUUCAACUACAGUUUAUGGUGGUAAUUAUACGACUGGUAAUACUUCAUCGACACAGCAACCAGUCCAAAUGACCUAUAAACCUCAAGAGCCGAAUAUAGACUUUGAAUUGGAUGUUAAAGUUCUUAUAAAUAGUGGAAAAUGUGUUUUGCAUACAAAGGAUGCAGUUCGAGAGGAAGAAAUGAAAUUAUCAGCACGAAUGCGCAAAGAACGUAGUUCUUCAUCAGCUGGAAUCCCAGAUUGGACAAGUCCAGCUUCACCUGGUCCAUCUAGACCAUUUCCAUCAACUCGUAGUGGUGGUGAUCGUAAUCCUCAAUUUAAUCAACAACAUUGGUCGGGUGGUUCAAAUAGUCGUCAUGGUGUGAGUGGAACCUAUGGAAGUAAUCAACCAUCUCCUCCAACCAUUUUCCAUAUUCCAGCCAUGGAUAUACGAGUACAUUAUACGAGCACUACCACUAAUCCACCAGAAAAGAAUUUAUCAGAAACUGUACAAGGUUCUCGAUAUAGUUAUGUUCAAGGUUCCGAUUAUAUGUCUAAUUUAAGUCGUAAAUUAGGCAUGAAAAAAGCUUCGUUAUUUGUAUGGAUGACAUUACAAAGUAUACCAGAAGAAACAAUUAUUUCGCCCACUAUUUUAGAAUUUUUAGAACAUACAUUAGAACCGAUUCCAUCUAAAUCUUCGUUUCCUUCUAUUGGAGGAAUGUCUAGUUCAUUGGAUAAUGAACCAAUGGCAUAUGGGAAUUACGUUUAUGCCUCUUUUCCAGUGGAUGUAAUUGUUUAUUUUCAUAUGCAACCGUCAACUUUUCGAUUUAGCUGUUUACCUGUAUCUCGCGUUGAAUGUAUGCUACAAUUACCUUCAUUAGACAUUGUGUUUAGUUCAAAACGAGCUGAAGAAGAAUUAAACCAUGAAUAUGGUGAAGGUGUACAUAGUUUUUCAGCUGCCACAGCAAUCGGUGGCUUAAGUGUAACCGGUUGUCUAGCCGAUUUCUCAGUUUAUAUAUUUCAUCCGUAUGGCGGUCAAAAGAAAUCACAUUUAAAAGAAACACAAUGGUCACCGUUAUCGGAUAGUGAACGUAAAGAUUCGUUAUCGAUAAAUGUUGAGUUUGUUAAAUUCCAUGUGUCCAGAUCAAGAAAAUUAAAUUUUCAAUCUGAUGUUGGUGCUAAAAUUGGUAAAGGAGCUGGUGAUCAAUCAAGAGCCUGUAUACGAUUUUCAACGAUUGUUGAUAUUGGAUCAGCAUCUUUUAAAUACGAUAUGCGCAGAUUAACUGAAAUAUUAGCAUUUCCAAGAGCUUGGUAUCGUCGUUCUAUUGUUCGUAGAUUAUUUUUAGGUGAUUUAAGUUUAGCUGCAGAUUCGCACAAUUCAAGUAAUUCUGCAUUAGACCCGCCUUGGGGAAAUCAUGAAAUGGGAAAUAGUGACAUACCAGAAGGAUCUUCAGCAAGAUACUCUACAGGUAAUGGACGAUCAGAUAAAAGCCCACUAUUAAGAGAUAAAUUGAAAUUGAAUUUGGAUCAAGAAAGACAAUCGAGAAUCAAGGAAAAUGGUCGAGCUAGCAGUUUCGAGACGAACGAAUCAACUGAUUCAAUAAGUCCCACUGACAUACCAAAUCCAACAACAUGGGAAACCCUUGUAUUAUUUGCAAUAAAUUUUACUAAAUUAAAUGUUCAUAUGAACAUGGGAAACGUAAUGGGAAAUGUUACGUGGCAAACUAAAGAUUUUCGUUCAGAAGGUCGUUUAAGUAUUGGUUCAACUGGACGUAAAAAUAUGUUUGUUAAAUUAGGUCUUGUAGGAUCUAGUCUUGAUGCAAAAGGUGGUAUUGUUGGUGGUACUAUUGAAUUAGCUAACAUCGAUACGUACAUACACUUCAGAGAAGAACCAUCUCAGGAACCGGAUCAUACUGUUGGAUUAAAAUUGUUAGCUUUAGAAUUACGUUUGGAUUAUAUGGGUACAUCGGUUUUAAUGGCGAGAGUCAGUGCAUUAGAGGUUACAUUACGAGAUGAAUGGAAACUUGUACGAAAAUCAUCAAUUCCAGUGGAUGCUUUUAUGCCCACAAGACGACCGGCUGUAAUAUUUAUGCAUGGCGAUUUGGGGUGGGAUCAGUUACAAAUAAUGAUUUCAAAAUCAACCACUGUGGAUUUAGUGAAAAUGUUUAACAAAUUAGAAGAAUUCUUCUCCCAACAAUUUAAAAGCAGUAAACGUGUAUUUUCAAGCUUACAACCACGAACACAUUCCAGAGGAAGUGGUCAUAGUUUUAAACGAAAAUUGAAUCAACAACAUAAAAAGAAAUCGACAGAAUCUCGGGAUGCUUGGUCUACACAAUUACAACAAUCUUUGUUACAAGAUGCAAAACAUCAUAGACAUUGGCAAAAUGUAUUAGCAAGUGUGGCUGGAUUACAUUUACCAACUUUAAAAUUACCUCUUCCAAAUUCUGGAACCGUUCUAGGUGGUACAAUGGAAUUGCAUGGAAGGAAUAUAUCAUUAGCAUGUUUUCACGGUAUUAAUUUCAAGACUAAGAGUUGGGCAUUAUUCAGCUUAAAGGAUCCUUGUAUUAGUUUCGAAACAGAAGCACAAGAAAUACCCUCAGCCAAAGUAAAAUUUAUGAAUUUUUCAGCAUCUGAUGAGUUGGAUGUUCACAUUGUCCAAACGUUAACAUUCAGCCUUGGUAUGAAUGAUGAUCAUCCAACUGCCCAACAUGAAUCAAUGGCUACAGUUUGCAGAAUGUCAAGAAAUAUAAUAUUCCCGCCACAAUUUAAAUCAUUACAAGAAUGGUUCCAUUAUGCGUUUAUUAAUAGCGAUAUUGAUGCAGUUGAUCGAUUCCCAUCUUUGGAACGUGAAAAAAUUGAAGUUAGUGGUACAAAUUCAAUAGAACGCAGCAGAAAUAGCUCAAGUUCAACAGGAAAAUUACAAGAUCCGAAUCAUACCAGAGAAGUUAUAUUUGCGUUACCAACGUUACAGCUUCAUUUGAAAACUGAACAUUUACAAACGGCUUCAACACCAGAAAGUUUAGAUGAUAAACCAAUUGUGGAAUGCAGUUUUGUAACUGAAUUUGAAGAUCAUAUAUUCGUAACGGUUGAUGCUGAAGCAUUUUUCUUCCUACAUGAUUUAAUUACUUCGUAUGUAAAAGAAAAAGAACGUUCUGGAAUGAGUCAAAGUGGUACACAAAUUCGAUCACAAUCACCUGACCCACGAUCAAUCCAAUCUGGUAAUAAAAGUUCAUCACAACCUUCAACCUCAUCACAAUCAACAUCAUCCACUUCAACAGCAGUUAGCGAUGAAGAACGAAAGAAAAAAGCAUUUACACCUGCGGAAGUUUUUAAUAAAGACUGGCGUAAUUAUCAUUGUAAAACAUGGCAUCUGGAACCUACUGUUAGAUUAUUGUCAUGGGCGGGUAAAUCAAUUGAACCCUAUGGUAUCGAUUACAUACUACAAAAACUCGGAUUCAGCCAUGCACGUACAACAAUACCAAAAUGGAUGCAACGUGGUUUUAUGGAUCCAUUAGAUAAAGUCCUUGCCGUAUUAAUGUUACGUAUGGUCUCAAAUGGUAAAUUACAAAUGAAUAAAAUUCAAUUGGAAUAACGAAUCAGUAAAAUAUUUUAUAUAUUAUUGAGAGCCAUUUUAUGUACAGGUAAUACAUAUAAAAUAUUUAGUAUAUAGUUAAUGCUAGAAGACUGGAUGUAAAGUUAUACAUAUAUAUAAAUA